UUCCCUCUUCUCAUCCUAAAUCUAUCUAUAACAAAGAUAGCUAACAAGUGAUUCCAAGUGAAAAAUUAAUCAAUUAAUUUUGCUAAGAAGUAAUUCAAGUUAAUCAAGAUGAAUAAUAGGAGAGAAUCAUGGGAGGAAGAGGGAAAAGAAGAUGAGAAUUUGUUUCCAGUGUAUUCUGAAAGGUCACAGCAAGAUAUGUCAGCCAUAGUUUCUGCACUGACACAAGUCAUGGGAGGUAACAACAACAAUGAACUUCAAGAAGCUUCCUCAAUCCAUAAUAUUAAUGAACAAUCUCAACAACCACAACAAGAUCAAGGGAGUGAAAGAAAGAGACACUAUAGAGGAGUGAGGCAGAGGCCAUGGGGAAAAUGGGCUGCAGAGAUUCGCGAUCCGAAGAAGGCGGCAAGAGUAUGGCUUGGAACUUUUGAAACUGCUGAGGCUGCAGCUGUUGCCUAUGAUGAAGCUGCACUUAGAUUCAAAGGAAGCAAAGCUAAGCUCAAUUUUCCUGAAAGAGUUCAAAGUUCAGCAGAAUUUGGAUUUCAUCAUUUUGUUUCAUCCACAAAUAACCAGCAACAGUCUAACUCAGUUCCUCUUCCACACUUUUCUCAAGAAGCAUAUUCAAAUCCUUAUCAAUAUGCUGCUGCACAAGCGCAACUUCAAGGUGGUGGUGGUAGCAACUUCAAUCAGGACAUGCUUCGUUAUUAUGGGGGAGACAUGUAUGUUUCUAAUCCUCAGCACUUAUCAUCUACAUCUCCGUCUUCGUCUUCAUCCUCGGCUUCUGGAUUAUCUCAGCAGCAACAAGAGUUUCUGAGAUUGUCUAUGCAAUUUGGAGGUUCUUCUUCCGCUUCUCAGCCACCAAGGAAUUGGAGAGAUGACAUGGAUGGGAGACACUAAAAAGGCUUUUAUUUCUUGUUUGUCACGACAUUUCAUGAUUUUAUUGAGUUUGAUUUUCUAAGGCUGAUUAUACUUUUGGUUUCUUUGAGUUUUAUGUAUUAUUUAUGUUGUUGAUGAAAUGUUUGUUUUAACUUUAAGCAUAUAUUGGUUGGUUUCA